AAACAAAUUAACUAUACUUUUGCAUUGUUGACCUAAAGUGAUAAUGAUAAUAAAUAACAUCUAUCGUGAAUUCAUAAUCCAAAUUUCAACACAUAAUUAAAAAAAAAAAUCAAACGUCUACAUCCAAUUAGCAAGUACGAACUAUCAAGACAUCAAACACAACAAUCACCUUCUCUAGAUACCCACUUUUCCAUCCACAUCUAAGCUGUGGAUGUCGGGGUUGUAGCCGACGUUGAAUUUUUUUUUUAUGCAGGCCAUCGGAGUCGGUCGACGACCACCUUUCAUCAAGAUCACCAUCAUUCACGAACAUCGAAGAAAAAAAGAUCACUAGGGUGUGAGGUUCUCUCUAUCGACUGCAAAGGGGAGUCGAAGAAUGACUUUCGGGUUUUGAGUCUUAAACACAAUUGAGAUUUUGGGAUGAGGAUUGUUUACAACAAGUGGAAACUGGGAUGUUUGGAAUUGCAAAUUUGGUUGAAUUUAAAUUUUGAAACUUUUUUCUCUUAGCCAAAGCUCAAGAUUAUGUUGUUAUACUAUUAUGUGCUUAUCGAUUUUCUUAUCAAUUAACCAUUAACCGACUAUUUUGUUAGUGAUUAACCACUAAGCAAAAUAUAGCUAGCCACAAACAAAUCACUAAGAAAUUGUAGAUUAUCAGCAAACCACUAACCACUUAAUCGAUUCUAUUAUGGAAUAACAUAUACCAGCUAAACGCUUAACAUCUUGUCCUCAUUAAUCCACAUUUAGUAGGGAUGGCAAAAAUAUCCGUAACCUUGGAUAUCCACCCGAAUCCGACCUAAUCGAGUAGGGUAAAACCCCGAAACCCGAAGCAUUUAUCGUGGGUACGGGUAAAACCCGAACCCGAAUAUUGCGGGUAAUGGGUGAGCAUGGUUAUCUCACUAUCCAACCCGAACUCGCCCGAUUAUACACAUGCAUAUGUAUUUUGUCUAGAAAUAAUCAUUAUGUUUCUCUAGAAUAUUUUAUAUUUAGCAUACAAAGAUAAUAUUUUCAUGAAAUUAUGUUGUUUUAAUUAAUUUUCGUCAUUCUAGUGAAUUAUUGUCGUACUUUUCCUCUUAUGUAAUGUGACUAUACGUGUGAAUGUUAACAUAUUGGUUAGAAUUAUUAGGAGAAAUUAUUACCCAUGGAUAACCGCGGAUACCCGAAACCCGAACGAGUAUGGGCAUGGUUUUGAUUUUCUACCCGUUUCUCGUGUUGAUACAGGUAUGGGUAAAACCCGAACUACAUUGGGUAGGAUAACGGGUAUGCAUUAUCCAUCCCGACCCGAACCAUUGCCAUCCUGACAUUUAGUGUGAGUUCAUUAAUUAAAGUACAAUUUUCGCCUACGGAAAAUCAUAUAACAAUUAUCGAAUUCCUACAAAGCGGAGGUCAAAAGGUGCCAUUUGAAUCUCUUCUUUUUCUCCCUUUGGUUGGUUGUUUCGGCGAGAUAUCGGCGACAUACGAAUCCGAAUCACUUUUUUUUCUUCCAACAAAUGAGAAGCGGAGGCAUGACAGACACUAUUCACGGUUUCUUUUAUUCCCGAUGAGAACAUAACUCUUCUUGUUUCUUAUAAGAUUUGUUUUUUUUAUUCCCUCGAGAGUCAUGUUAAAUUUUUAAAAAGUGAGAUUAAAAGAUUUUGUCAACUUUUUAAUUGAUUUUUAAUUUCUUUUUAAGUCAGAAUUUUGAAAAUUUUAAUACAAUAAACAACUUAUUGUGAUCUACAAAAUGAUACUUAUUUUCGAUAUAUUUCGAGAAAAAACUUCAUGCCACCAAUUGCCACUCAUUGCCUCUUUGUUUUAGUCCAAAUAUAUCAUUCUAUUAUGUGUAAAACCAUCUAUGUUAAUAUGUUCAUAUUUUUCAAAAUAUAUCAGAGUCGAUAUAAUUCUAAAGAAUAUUAUUAGUAUAAAUAUUUUGUAUAUGAAAAAUAAAAUUCUAGAUUGAAAAAAAUAAUAAAAAAUGUUAAAUUUAAUGAACAAAAUUAUUAAUGUCUCCAUCACACUCCCACCGAUGAUAAAAAUGCCACAAAAUUGUACGUUUGGUGUUAUGUUGAUGCAUAAGCUUCCAACACGUGUUAUUUUGGAAUUGGUAUUAUCUAUUUUGUUCUUUAACAUUCUCGCAGUAUGGUUGUCUCACCGAUACAAUCAGAUUCAAUCGGUACCGAUUAUAAAACUGGAUGGAAUGCUCUCGAUUCGACUGGUACGAUUCAAUCCUGUUUAGAAAUGCUUAACCGGCUCCAAAAAUCAAUUGGUCCUAUUAUUAUUAGCAAACAGAAUUUGCCUAAUGAUGACAGUCAAUUAAUUAACCUCGGGAAUCACAUUCGGUUACAGAAUUCGAAAAUUCCGUUCAAAGCAAUAACACGCACUUUCAAAUUCCCCCUCACCAAUCAUAACAACAAAACAAACAAAAAAAAGAUAAUAAAGCAAAAGUGAAUUCCCGAAGAACAGAGGAAAGCAAAAGCAAAAGCAAGAAAUCAAAGACACUCCCAAUUCCCAUAACAGAUCCUUCCUUCCCCUAUUUCAAGCAAACACCGUCGUAUCACAUUCCCAAUUCCAUUCCUUCUUCUUCUUCUUCUUGAUUGAUAAAGAACGCUGGGAGGGAGCGAGACAGGGAUAGGAGAUAACAAUGGCGUCUCUGCAGAAAUUCAAACUGCUCGCCACGCAAUGCGGAGUCGCUCCGAGCCCCACGCGGAGCCCGAGGACGAGCCCCGUCGUCCACUUCCGCCGCCGCAAGACCACCCUCCGCAUGCUCCUCACCCUCCGCUCCGGCCGCCGCAAUUCCCCUCCGCGGAGGGACGAGCCCGCUCCCCCGCCGAUCUACGCGGCGCCGCCGGAGCGGAGGCGGGGGUCGCUGAAGGACCUGUUCGUGUCGUCGCCGGCGGCGGAGGAGGAGGAGGGAGACGGAGGGAGGGAGAGUACGAUCGGCGGCGGCGGCGGAGGAGGAGGAGGAGGAGACAGGUACCAAGUGUGGAAGAUGAAGGUGAGCGAAUUGGGGAUGGGAUCUCCCCGUCCGCCGCCGGGGGCGGCGGGGUGGAUGGGGUUCAGGCACCGGUCGAUUUUGCGAAGAGCUUGGCGGCCUGUCCUCGUCGGCAUUCCCGAGAGCGCCGGCGACGAUGAUGAUGAAUCCAAAAAACUGAUUGAGUAGAAUGAAUCUCUUACCUCACCUGCCAAUCUUGAUUUUCCCACCUUUUCUUGCAGUAAUCCGAUGGAUGUAGCAAGCAGUAAAUAAUUAAUUUUGACUGCGUCUUCUUUCUUUCUUUCUUUCUUUCUCCCUUCAAUUCUACGCACUGUAACUUUGCCAAUCCUCUGGCAAACCGACACGAAGGAGAUUUCGCCUUGAAAUUGAAGUUACAAUGAUAGUUCCUUUCAUGAAUUUCCUGAGUUCCUCUAUAUUAAUUCUUAGAUAUACCUACUAGAUAUCGUGUCAGUUGUAUCAUAUCUAAUAUCGGUUUUUUAUAGCGGUAAAACAUCUAUUAGAAAUCGUGUCAAUUGAACUUUGAAAAGUAUUCGCUAUAAUUCCCUUAGGAUUGUAAACAUUGAAAGUAUAGAAGUAUAACAUCUAGUGAGUAAUUUUUAUGACUACUAGAUUGGAGUACACGUUAAUAACAUCAACCCUAGCUAGGGUUAUUGUGUAUGAAUGAUUUAGUGCACACCCAUGCCAAUACGUGUGAUUUGUAAGUUAGACGCAACGGAUGAUCGUAUCAAUAGAGUUGAUUAACUGUUUGCAUGACUACCCUAAUCCAUCUUCAGUGGAUUGAUCAUAGAUCCACCACAGACUGAAGCGGCCGGAGGGAUAUGAAAGUACAUUCCAAUUUCAAUGUAUCACUCCUGAAGAAAUAUCGUGGAACUGACUUUCUCGAAUAGGCUUCGAGCCCACCGGUGUCAGCAGAAGGCGAACUGGAGCUGCAGGUUGCUAGAGUGUUGGAGACCAGGUGGGUUUACAGAGGCAACAAGGUGGUGGAAGAGAACUUGGUGCGGUGGCGGUUGCACCCUGCCGGCCGAGGAAGCCACGUGGGAGCUGACUACGGAGUAGUGCGAUAGCAUUUUCCAUAUUUGAACCUUGAGGACAAGGUCAGUCUCGCUGAGAAAGAAAUUGCUGAAAUAAUCGAAUUCCUUAUAAUCGAUAGCAUUUUUAUUUGGAACGUGGUGCGAUAGUAUUUGUGUUUAGUUUUUGUCAACUUGGGAUUAUUAUGACUAGAAUCAAUAAAAAUGCACUUCAAAA